GUGGAAUAACUUGAUUUGUGAUCAUUUGACAGCACCGCUUGUUUCAUCUGCAUUUUCAUUUCGGAACUUUGAAUUCUAAUUUGUGUAUUAAGUUUGUUUUUUUUUUUUUCUUUCAAUUAAUAAAUUUGUGAUGGAUUCUUCUGAUGAAGAGUCUCCAUCUCCACCCGCUACACGAAUAUUUGAUCGUCAUUUUAAUAUAAUUGGCCGUAUCGAAGAUAUGGCGACGAUACUGCAACCAGUUUGUAAUGCUAAUGCUUUGGUGUUCUUAGACAUAAACAUCGGUGGCGAGUACGCUGGUCGCAUGAUUUUGGAAUUACGUACUGAUGCAGUGCCGAAAACCUCGGAAAAUUUCCGUUCACUCUGUACGGGGGAAAGAGGCUCAGGCGCAUUCGGUGAACCCUUGCAUUAUAAGAAGACAAAGUUUUUUAAAGUCACAUCAAAUUAUGCGUGUGGCGGCGACGUAGUGAAGGACGAUGGUAGUGGUGGUGAAAGUAUUUAUGGAACCACUUUCGCAGAUGAAAAUCGCCUCUUUAAGCAUGAUGCCGGUGUUAUUAGUACGAAAAGUUAUGGUCUACCCAAUUCAAAUAAUUCCCAAUUCAUUCUCACCUGUGAACCUGCACCUGAACUCGAUCGAUCAUAUAGUGUAGUUUUUGGCAGAAUAUUACGUGGUUUGCCGAUAUUAUAUGAAAUGCAACGAGUCAGUGAAAACAACGAACCAAAAGAGGAAAUACUCAUUAGGAAUUGUGGUGAAUUAAAAACAACCGAUGAAUGGGGUUUUUGCGAAUUUGAUACGCCUAACUAUCCACUUCCGCCUUACCCAAGAGAUUGGGAUCUAAAACUCGAUGAUUAUAAGACAGUGGACUUACUGGAAAUAUUAUGCGACAUUCGUGAAGCCGGUAAUGGGGCUUAUAGAUCAAAUAUGUUGGGUAAAGCGCGUCGAAAAUAUCGAAAAGCAAUACGUUAUUACAAUUUCUUUAUGACGCGUGGUAAAUGGGAGAAUUUCGAAUAUUUUGCUAUACCCGAAAACGACUUGAACAGUAUGCAUGAAUUUGCGUCUGUUAAUUACAGUAAUAUGGCUGCGGUGGAAAUGAAGCUGCAUAAAUUUGAGAAUGCGAUAUAUUAUUGCACCGAGACAAUAUAUUUGGGUAAGCACUGCUGCAAAGCUUACUUUCGUCGCGGCCAGGCAUAUUAUUGCCUUCGGAGGUAUGCUGAAGCGGUUAGGGACUUUUCCAGGUCGGCACUUCUGAAUCCUAGCAAUAAGCAAAUACAGAAUGAGCUAACUCGUGCAAAAGAUAGACUGGCUAAAAGUAGAGCAGCACACUUGAGUAGAAUGGAAAGAUUAGUUGAUGACAUUUUAGAAGAUGUAGUAGAAGAAGAAGAAGAAGAAUUGGAAAGGGAGCUAGAAGCUAUAGACAGGGAAGCAGCGUACAAUUUGAGAAUGGCAAGUCCAACCGAAAGUAGUGAAGCUUUAUAAUAUUUUUUAUUAAGUUUAACUACAUUAUAAAUAUUAUUUGUCAAUUGUUUUUUGUUAAAAAAAAAAUUAAAAAUUAAAAAUUCCAAAUAAUUAAACACUAGCACUAUAUUUCCAAAAAUAAAAAGAACAAUCUGUUAAAGGACUCUCCAUAAAUCACGCAACGGAGGAGGAGGCGAAAGCGAAGUUACAUUACUUAAUAAAUUGAACUCGACAGAUGAUUCUUUAAGUGUUAUUAAUUGUUUAUUAAGUCGUAAAUCGUGAUAUAUUAGAAAAGUCCUUAUUAUAUUGUAGUAUUAAUUUUGAAGAAAAAAUUUUCAAUAAAA